GUUUAACAAUCUGUGACAUGAUGCUGGUUUUGACCUUGUAAACAUUUAAAGAUGUCCUCCAGACAGAUAUUAAAAAUACUUUGAAUAAUAUUUUGUGUCUGAUUUGUACAGAAUCAUUCAGCUUGUUAUUGAUCUUCUUUAUUUUUUAUUACUUUCUUUUUUCUUUUUCUUUUUAUCUAUUUAACUGUAGAUACAACUGAUCCAACAUCUACAGUUUAUAAAUACAACAGAAACUGUGUUUUAACAUCUUUGAUUCAUUUUCUGUUUAAUGAAAAUAAACAGUCCUGUCUAUUCAUGUCCUGUUGGUGUUUGAUUUGUUUGUAUUAAACUGAGCAGACAGAGUGCGACAAGUUUCACUUUUUCCUGCUGUAAAAUCUGUUGCAGUUCUCCACCAGUGAGAAAACUACAGAUGCUGAGUGAAUGAAAAGGUAAAAGAACAAAGAGAGAACAGAGAGCACAGAAAUGACAAUUAAAACCUUUAACUUGUAAGACACAAAGACACAAAAAGGGAAAAAGCUCAUGGUGGAAAUAGUUAAGACAUAAAAGGACCAGAAGGGGGCGACACGUCCUCAUCUGCUCUGACUGUAAAUUUGCAUCAAUGAAUAUGAAACUGUUCAGAUUCAAACUAAAUAAAGACUGUUACUUUUUUCUGUCACUGUUACUUUUUGAGGAACUAGAUUCUCCUCCCCAUCUUUCAGUCUGACAGGAAGUUUGUUUUUUAAGACACUGAGACUGAGACUGAUGAUCACUCAGUGGUAAAACAGCAGGUGUUGAUGGAGCGAUGAACGAUGGUGUGAAUCUUAAAAUCCAGGAGAAAAAAAUUAAUCAGAGAAAGUUUCCUCAUCGACUGACACCACUGACACUGAAGUGAGGAUCCUGAGGACUCAGCACAAUGAGUCGUCCACAGGGCUACACAGAAGGUUCAACAGGUGAAGCUCCUGGUUCCCAACAAACAAAAUCUACCAGAAGGUCAAAGGUCACAUCAGAGAGAGUGGCCCUGCUGGUUCUCUGUGCUCUGAUGGCAGCUGCUGUCAUUGUUAUUUACCGUCUCUAUUUAGAUCAUUUCCAAACCAAGAAAAAUCUCCAAACACUGAGAGAUGAGAAUGAAGCUCUGAAAAGAAACCUCACAGAGAGACUCAGUGAAACAAAACCAUGCACCACAGUGCAGCCUGUUUGCCCAAAACAUCCUGAAGUAAAAAUAAAUGAUUCAUGUCUGAAGUGUGAAACAGGCUGGGAGCAACAUGGAGGACAGUGUUAUUAUUUCUCCACCAGACGUUCAUCCUGGAAAGAGAGCAGAAGCUUCUGCAAACGUCGAGGAGGAGACCUGGUUAAGAUAGACAGCAGAGAGGAGCAGAGUUUCCUGGAGAAAACAGUGAGAAAAAAAAUGGACGUUGCUGACGACUUGUUCUGGAUCGGACUGACAGACUCAAAGACAGAGGGUGAAUGGUUGUGGGUGGACGACUCACCACUGAACACAAGUCUGAGUUUCUGGAUGUCAUGGGAGCCAGACAACUGGACUGGGGAGGAUCCUGAUGGAGAGAACUGUGCGAGGAUGGGGGUGAGAGGAGGAGCAACAGAUCUGAAGUGCUGGUUUGAUAAAUCCUGUAAAGUGAAUCAGAAAUAUAUUUGUGAGAAAGAAGCAGAAAUUGGAGAAUAUAUGGUCUCAUGUGUCUGAAUUUGAACAGAAUCAUUCAGCUUGUUAUUGAUCUUCUUCAGUUGUGCUACAGCUCACAUGUAAAAUAUUUUAUAAACAAUUUUCAACCAUAAACUUAUUUUC